AUGAGCAGCAGUAAGUAAUAGCAUAAGAAAAAAGCACUUUCUACCUUGUAAAAUCAUAGGGUUUAGUGCCAUCCUUCAUAUGAAAACACCUACAGAGAUGAAAAUAUUGAAGUUAAUAAAGAAAAUAAAAAAGAUUAAAACUAUUUGAUUUAAUAGCAGUAGAUAUAAUAGAAUCAGUUAAGAAAACAUAGUUUUAGUAAGGGAAGAGAACAAAGCUAUAAUUAAAUACAAAUGAAAUAAGAAUAAAAUGAAAAAUACAGCUAUAGAUAGUUAUCGUAAAACUAAUCUGUAGAUUAGAUACCAUAAAAAAUAUAAUGUAGUGUAACAGAUACAACAACUGAAAUCAAAUGGAAAGAGCUAUAAGAAAUGGACGAAGAAGAAAUGUAUAUUGAAAGGCUUCGCUAAUAAAGGAAAAAAAUAGAUGAAAUAAAAGGAGAAUUUGUAUAAAAAAUUGAUUAUUACAACGAAUUAGAAAUUAAAUUAAAAGAGUUAGCCAAAUAUAAACCGUAUUUUGAGAAAUACAAUCAACUCAAAAAAAUUAUGGAGUAAACAUUAGAAAAACUUGACAAAAGAGAAACUGAUUACAAGUGCUAAAAAGAAUAGAAUAAUUUACUGAAAGCAUAAAUAAAAGAAUUACAAGAAAAAAAUGCUGAUGGAAAAAAAGAUAAUUUGUAAUUACUUGAAGAUAUAGAAUAAAGAAAAAUUCAAAAUAGCUAACUUCAAAAUCAAAUCAGAAGCAUGAUUGCAAAAGAAAAUGAAAUUUAAUAUUAAUUGAAAGCAUAGCAAGAUAAAUUUGAAAGUUUGGACUAACUUUUCAAAUAAUAGAUGACUUAGACAAAAAUUGAAAAUAUAAAACUAUUUGACAAUUUGAAUAUAAUCAAAUAGCUUAACGAACAAAUUAUAAUAUUAAAAUCUUCAAAAGAAGAGUCAAAUGUCAAUAACCAAAGACUUUAGUAAUAGAUUAUUGAAUAGUAAGAAGAAAUAAAUAAAAUAAAAGAUGAAAAAGCAAUAAUUUUAAAGGAGCUUUAAAGAAAAACUUCAGAAAUUGAUGAUUUGAAGGUGAAAUUCUAGGAGUUAGAGUACAACUAGAUUAUGAUAAAUGCAAAGAAAUCAAUAAUGCAAGAGGAAUUUGAGCAAAAGAGAGCUCUAAACGAUAACAAUUUAGAAGAAUUCAAAUUUAUAAUUAAUGAAUAAGAAGAAGAACUAAAGAAGUCAAGAACCUUAAACCAGUUAUUGAGUGUUGAAUAUGACACAGCUGUAAAAAAAAUUAAGGAGUUUGAGUAAGAAAUUUGGGAAUACAGAAAAGAAAAUCACAAUUUGAAAGUAAAGCUGAGCAAUAUCCUUUAGGGUAAGGGAGAAUUAAUUAUUCCUAAUCAGAAGCUAGUCAAAGAAGAGCUUGACCAAUUGGAAAAAGACAUAUUUAGCUUUAAGAAAGCCUAAAUGAUAAAGUAAUAAAAUGAAUAAUAAGCUAAAAAUUAUGAUUAUAAAAACAGUAAUAAUAAUAAUAAAAAUAAUAUAAUACCUUCUUCUGAUGAUGGAAACAGCAGUGAGGCUCUUUACAGCUAUGCGAAUAGGAUUUAAAACUAGCCUACCUAAGAUAGCUGCUAUAAUCUAAGUAAUGCGAAUUGCAAUACAAGUAAGAGCAAUAAUAAUAAUAAUAAUAAUAACUAUUAUAACAUUGAAACUGAUAAAUAUAAUUCUUCAAAUGCAUAGCUGUAUUCUAAUUAUUCUGAAUAGCCCCAGUUCUAAAAUAAUCUAAAUAAUAGUCACUUUUCCAAUCAUAACUAUAAUCAAUUUUGA